UUUUUGUAAUGGGAAGAAAAUUGGCGUGACAGUGCCCACUUCCAUUCACCACCACAACAACAAGGAAUGAUUAAGCUAGCAAGCUAACACGCGACCAGGGUACUCUGCAGGGAAGUCCCCUCUUCAGACAGCUGGAAAACGGACGGAAUACUUGGAUCAGAAUCGAGCUAAGAGACGCUGCUCCCCGGCCCGUAACCUGCGUGGAUGGGAAGCAGCCAGGUGGUGUUGAGCCGAAGAGGGAAGCAGGCGACGGGGCGUUAAAAUGGAGGAUGAGGAGGUCGCAGAGAGCUGGGAGGAAGCCGCAGACAGCGGGGAAAUAGAGAGAAGACUUGAAGCACGACUGAAAAAAAAUCAGGAGGCAAAGAAGGCCAGUUCAAGUUCACCAGUGAGAACUGCCAUUGUAAUCCAGGACGUAUCGCUUCCUUCAGUACCGCCGACGCAAAUUCGAAUUUUAAAGCGUCCGUCAAACAACGGUACUGCAGGGAUUGCCGCCUCCUCAACUCGGCCUUCCCAGCAGAUGAAGUCUUUGGCGCAGCGUGAGGCGGAAUAUGCAGAAGCCCGGCGGAGGAUUCUGGGUAGUGCGUCAUCAGAGGAUACCCCUCCGGACAAUCCAUGCCAAGACAGGUCAGUGCGUAUGACUGCCAAGCAAGCGUCGGAACCAGUUCGUCCCAACGAACACGUGAUCCGCCAGCCAACCGGGCCUGACGGCAGCUCAGGCUUCCGACUUUGCAGAUAAAAGGGAUCUGCUUGCUUUUUAAGGGUUCAAACCAAGAGCAGUAAAAAAAGGGGGUGUGCGGUAUCAAGAGCAGAGUGGCGCAGUAACAUUUGAAACAUGAAGAUAUACACAACAAACUGGUUCACCCGCUCUAUGCUCAGCUGGCUUGGUCUUUGCCGUCUGCCUUGUCUUAUCCCUCCAUGGAACGACGAGUGCCGCAUCCCCCACAGCCUGUUCCACACUGUGAAGGAGGCUUUUGGCCUAACGUCCCAAAACACUGUGAUACUUUGCUAUACCACGAGGUGCCCUUUGAAUCUUACUCUCGUUGAGAGGCGAGUGCGCCGGGCGUCAGGUGUCAGUCCCUUCAAGGCGAAUAAGUGAGUCAGGGAUCGUCCCCAGAGAAAACAGAGGAGCCGGGCUUCCCGCUGAACACGUAAGUUAAAAGGGGAAUCGGCCGAGGCUGCGCGCCCUCCUGUAAGGCGGCGGUAUUUGGAUUGAGUAACUUGAGUGUAAGGCGAUAGACGGAAAGUCAUCCUGUUGUCCCCUUUUGAGGCGUCACAGGCCCAAACUGGGCCUAAUGGGCACAGGCAGCUGGCCAUCUGUCACUGCAGCCUGUGGCUAAAGAUAAAAGUUCGGAAGAAUAGCGUUUCAUUAAUAUUCAAGCAAUAACAAAUGUACAUCUCCCUCCUUUUUUUAAUCGCCCCAUUUUCGGUGUUCAAAUCUGGGUUUUUGUUUCUUUUAUAUUGUCAAAAGGUUUGUAUUUUUUGUCUUUAAGGGGAAGGUUAAAGUGAAACUAGUCAAUUUGUUAGCAAAUUAACACUAAAUUAUGUAGCGUGCAUUUCAACCGGGGAAUUAUUGUGUCUGACUUGAAAAUUAUUUUAAAGUCCAAUUGCGGAACUGAAGUGCAUUGUCUUUGCUUUAUCAGCAUAAAGUUGUCAUUCCUUCUUUUUUUUCUUUUAAUGACAAUAUGCCAGGGCUGGUGAAUGAAUAAAAAGUGACUUGUUGCCUAA